AGAAAGAACAAACUUACAUUUUGGUUUAGUUAGGUUCAGGUUAUCUGUCGACUGUGGAGGAAGUGGUUGUAGUCGUUUAGACACGAUGACGAAGUCUUGCUGCGUCUUUGGCUGCUCCAAUCGGGGUGGCAAGCGGAAAGAUGGAACAAAGCUUUCUUUUCACCGUCUUCCUCUGGGAAAGAAGCCUACACUCAAAAAGUGGCUCCACAACAUGCGGACAUCGAGUGUGGUUGUGGGCAGCUCGACAAUGGUCUGCGGCGCUCAUUUUGUUGGCGGAAAGCGCUCCAAGGAGCAUCCUAUCCCAACGCUGUUCGCGUGGUCAGCAGCAGAGAAGACGAGGAAAACGCCAAAAGAACGCGUGGCCCUGAAGACACAUCAGGACAAAACGCCCCAAGCGUCAGCAGCGAAACCUGAAACAUGUGAAAGCACUUGUGAGGAGCAGCCAUCACCAUCCCUACCCAGCGUUGAUGAGCAGAUCAGUGAAGUGCGAACUCAGAUCCAGGAAUGUUUGGAGGAGAACACACGGUUGCGGAUGGAGGUGCAGAAGUUGACACAGGAGAAUGAGGCACUGCGAGUCAAGUUGGAGGAAACUGCCACAGUACCAGCACCAGAGUUUUCUGUCGCCAGGAUUUGCAACAGUGACAGCCUCACCAAGUUCUAUACUGGUAUCCCCAGCUAUGAGCAAUUUCAGGCAUUGGUGGCUUUCCUGGAGCCCCACUGCAAGGGGAUGACCUUAUGGAAUGGAGCAAGAACAGGUGAACGGCAACGUCAGUGUGUGAGGGCCUUGGACGAUGAAAACAGCCUGCUCCUUACGUUCAUGAAGUUGCGGCUGGAUUGUCCUAACGAAGACCUGGCUCAGAGGUUUUCAAUCAGUGCAGGUACUGUGAGCCGCAUCUUCACCUCGUACCUCAUGGUCAUGUACCACGCCUUCAAGUCUGCACAGCUACCCGCCUGGCCGGCUAGAGCGCAGAUCGAUGCCGCUAUGCCCCAGAAGUUCCGCGACCUAUACCCCACCACACGCACUAUAAUCGAUUGCACCGAGUUCCCCAUCCAGAUUCCCUCCGACCCCGACACUCAGAGAGUCACCUGGUCAACGUACAAGAAUAGAAACACAUUCAAAGCUCUAGUUUGCAUCACACCCAGUGGAGCUAUCUCGUUCAUCUCUUCCCUGUAUGGUGGGUCAGUUUCUGACCGUGAAAUCACCAAGACGUGUGGAGUGCUGGAUUUGCUGGACAAAGGUGACUCAAACAUGGCGGACAAGGGAUUCACAAUCAAGGAACUCUGUGAAGAACGGGGUGCCUAUGUCAACAUACCACCGUUCAUCAAGAAUGGCCAACAGCUGACCGAAAAGGAGUUGGUGCAGACCCGCCGCGUUGCCUCGCUACGCGUUCAUGUAGAACGUGCUAUCGAACGAAUAAAGAACUUUCACACCCUGGAUUUUAUUCUAUCCGCUCACUUUGACAUUGCUGAUGCCAUAUUUCUGGUUUGCUGUGUGGUUGCCGAUUUUGGUGCGCAGCUCAUUACAUAGCUUCCUUCCAUUUCUUGCUGCACCGUUACUGCUCAAUGCGUUCAGUUACUGACAGGUUCAUGAUGCCCGUCCCAGUGUUUGCUUCUGUGAGCCUCUUCCCCCACCCCCCACCAUGCAUCCGUUGUUAUUUUCCACACGUGACUGCUGUCACCACCAUAGCAAUAUCACUGCCUGUAUUUCUCCUCUUUGCUUUUCAGCAUGAAGUGACAAAAGUGCGUUCUAUGAAAGUAACUCAAUGGAUCAUGGAAGCAACCAUACAAAUCACAAGCAUGUUUGUGGCUGUCAUGUACGGCAAUAAAGUGGGCUAUGUUCACGUAUGGUUGUAAAAAAAAUGGUGUGACGUGGGGCUGUAUCCACUUUUAUGUUCUGUACACUGGCAAUAAAACACUAGACAUUAUGUACACUGACAAUAUAAGUAUGUACACCGUAUGCAUGCGUAGCCGUUCAUGUGGAUGCAUUGCCACAGCUCCACCUUCCAUAGGGUGGGGAAAUACAUGUAGCAAUGGUGGCAGCCAAUGAACACGUCAAAGACUGACGUCACCAUGAGCUCUCAAGCAGCAACUGCAAACUUUGCCCAUGUCAUCAUCCGUGCACGUAUGAUGGAACUGAUGGGCACAGACUUUGCACGGACGCAAUGCCAAUGCUCGAUCAAAUGAACAACCUUGGCAGCAGGAUGAGACUCCUGUGGCGGUUGACAUACGUUGCUGCCGGUCCACAUUUCCUUGCGUUGGAGACUUGGCAGCAUCUUCUGCAGCGCACACCUGUCGUGGCGGGCUAUCCUUCUCUUGCGUUGGAGAGGUGGCGGCAUCUUGUAGAGCACACGACACUGGCGGCGGCACAUUGAGCUGGGUGGGGUCGGCAGGGGCAACAUCCAUGUAGCAGACGGGCUCUUCUUGUGGGUGAAGAAGUUGCGGAAGCAGCCAACCACGGUAGAAGCCGGUCAAUUUCGGCUCCAUCUGCUCCUUCCAGAACGCCGCGUCGAAUGGGAUUCGCUGUAUAGCGAUGCCCAUUGGCGUCCACACGACAAAGUCGCACCACUGCACUUCAGCAACUGCCAUGCCACCUUGCACUUGAUAGAAAUAGUCAUGUUGUCGCCGUAGGCAUAAACCUCCAUCUGACCAUGUGCAGUAGAAUGGGUUGGAGCCAGACUCCAUGCAUGCAUCUUGGGGAGAGUGGUGACGAUGGGGAAUAUGGGCAUUUGACCUCAAGUAAACCCAUUUGCGAUGUCAGCGGCUGGGUCGGGACGAAUACGAUUCCAUCUGGGCUGGCAGCAACGUACCCACACUGCAUGACAACAAGACCACGCUGUGAGACACACAGGCCAUUCUUGCCAGACAUGUGCUGCUUCUCCGAGUAGAUGCGGACGGCUUCAUCUUCAUGCUCUCUGCCCCACGACAAGGCCGGACUGUUGAUAACUGACUGGGAUAGAAGGCGUUUCACCAACGACGGAUGUGCUGAUUUGCACUUCACAAUCACACCGAAGUUGGAUGCUGUGAGUCGCCCGUACCUGUUGCAUAGGGCACGAAAUGAACACACCAGAGGGACAUACACAUGAACCAACCAAUCUGCAGUGUUGGGUGAAUUUGAACAUACUUGAAAGUGUUGUAAAGUCAUGGCCUAAACAAAGUCGUCAACAAAAGCAUGAAAACAGUAUACACCCGUCAUGUUUUGGAUAGUGUUAUGUGCCUGCAGACUUUCCUGGACUGAAUGCAGUACACUAUCCUCAGACAUACCUUUGCAUUUUCCACUGCCGGUUACCAGCCUGCCCACGAGUUCGAUACUCCAGUGCAUGGCGUUGCUGCCUGGACACUUGCAUAUGACGCAUGAACAUAUCACACCAUGCCACGACAACACUGCCAUCAGGUCGGAAUGUGCUGCGGUACGUCCUGGACUCCUUCAUCAGCUGCACUAGCUCCGGCACUGACCGGCAGUCGGUUGAUCCAGUGGAGCAGGUGGUUGUCUGAGCAGGAGAGGUAGAGCAUGGCCGCAGAGUGUCCAGGAUAUUGGCUGGUUGGGAGCAAGAGCUCAACAAGUCAAAGAGUCUCUGUCGCUCUUCUGGUGCAGAGUCUUUUGGAGCGGUGGCAGCACGUGGGUCGAAGGACGCACGACUGGAGGUUGACUUCGGGGUAUGGUUGAACACAGGCUUAGCGAACUCCAUGUCAGAAACUCGCCUUUUGCCUGGUGGUGCGCUCCAAGCCUGUAGGUCACUGGUUGAGCAGGUCAUCCCAGUGAAUACCCCUCGUCGGCAGAAUUCCUCUAGUCCAUAGCACAUGGCCCCGAUGUGCUUGCAGCUGGCUGAUGGGCCAAUGCCAGCUCGGCACUCACAAGACGCAUAGAUGAUCCGUACAGAGGGCUCGCGUUUCAUUGCCAUUGCUAUUUUAUACCGCAUCGACGUCUUCAUCUCUGCCUUGCAAAACCCACGGAAAUACACCGUCCCAUUCUCCAGGCACACCUCUCCAUCUCGGCAGUACUUCUUGCUGUAGAGUCCAAAGCUAUGGGAGGACACAGCUCUCAUGUCGUCAGCA